UCUCUUCACGUAACCUCACAUAUCUCUCUAUAUAAACGCAUAAGCAACACAAAUCAAUCAUACACAAAAAAAAGAGAAAAAAAAUGGGGAAAGUGAGCUUGCUUCUUAACUUUCUCAUUAGCCAUGCCGCCAAGCAAGAAAGCAUGGAGAACUUUGACAGAAACGGAGCAUCAGGCAGUGGGUUUAAGAUGCCUUUGCAUUACCCAAAAUACACAAAGGAUGAUUACGAGAAGAUGGAAGAGUGGAGACUUGAUUUGCUUCUCUCAGACUACGGACUCAUUGCUUUCCACGACACUAGUACUCUCCAUGAGAAGCGAGCUAUUGCGAUCGAAACUUUUCUGUGGCCUAAUGCGUACUAAUGGGUCGGAGAAUUUAGAGAUGCCGGCCGAUAUAAAGAAAUGAACUACAAACCGAGAUAUCCAUCUACCGAAAAUAUCAUGAGAAGACUUUGUGGUAUCUUUGGUGAUACUAUAUCUCAUAUUCUAUAGUUUUCAUCAUAUAUAUUUAUGUUUAAUACAUUAUAUAAGUUUGAUUUCGUAUGAAUCUGCAACUCAAUAAAGUAUGUGGUGUUUUGUCUAUAUAUUAAGAAUUUUCAUCUGA